AAAGACUUCGGGCAUUACGUCGUCAUCUCUUUUCUGUCUGUUUCUCUCUGUUCUCAAUCCUAUUCUCAUUUUCAAACCUCUCCACCACCGACGACGCCGACGAUGCUGGGGUGUAACAGGAUCGGCGUUUCAGGUUCUUCAGUUCAAUCGCUGUUUCCUCUGCUCCGAAAUUGAAUGCCGCAGCCCCUAUGUAUGAUGCCAUUUCUUAUCCUUAUAUUAUGCCGUGUCAAAUUCCUGGCAUUCAAGUUUGGGUUUAGGAGGAACAUAAUUCUUAAGCUACUGGAUUGCUAAUAUGUGAUGAAUCGAUUCCGCAUACAAUAAAUUAUUCCUGCAAAAUGGUGUUUGGUAAAAUAGCAGAUGCAUUUUCUGCCGCAACAAGUCAUUUUGCAGCCUCCAAGACUUCUGCUGUUCCAUAUAUGUCAUUUGGAUUGCUGCCACCUCCUGCAGAAACCACUGAUCAUGGCUUUGACUUGGCCAACUCUAGUCAUAAAAAUAAUUUGCGUCUUUCUUCAUCUCUCCAAGAUCUCAAAUCAUAUCGACGACUUGAUCUUGAAGAAGGGGAUUAUAACAUUGGGAUUGAUAGGAAGCAUUAUUUAUUGCAGAGAGAAAAUGCUGGAUCAAGUUUUUCAAAGGAGAAACCAAUGCUUGGCAGAAUCCCUUUUUUACGGAGAAAGUGGGUGCGAUUGGUUAUGAUUCUUUUGUGUCUGCUACUGCUUGGUUUCCUGACUUAUCUGAUUACAACAUAUAUUCUUUCUUAUUUAUCUCAAGGAUAUUCCAAGUUCUAUGUUGUUCUUGAUUGUGGAAGUACUGGAACUCGAGUUUAUGUAUAUCGUGCAUCAAUUGAUCACAACAAAGAUAGAAGUCUCCCUAUUGCUCUUACAUCACUAACUGAGGGUCUUUCUAGAAAGGCAAGUGGACGUGCAUAUGACCGAAUGGAAACCGAACCUGGGCUUCAUCUGUUGGUGCAUAAUACAUCUGGCUUAAAGGCUGCAAUAAAGCCACUUGUUCGGUGGGCUGAGAAGCAAAUCCCUGAGCGUGCUCAUAAGACUACGUCCCUUUUCCUUUAUGCUACAGCUGGGGUUCGCAGGCUGCCAACCGCUGAUUCAAAAUGGCUUCGAGACAAAGUAUGGUCGAUACUAAAGGAAUCACCUUUCCUGUGCAAGAGAACAUGGAUCAAGGUUAUUAGUGGAAUGGAUGAAGCUUACUAUGGAUGGAUAGCCCUUAACUAUCAAACGGGUGUAUUAGGGAACACUCCCAAGAAAGCAACAUUUGGUGCACUUGACAUGGGUGGCUCAUCAUUACAGGUGACAUUUGAGAGCAAGAAACAUGGGCAUAAUAUGACUGACUUAAACCUUAGGAUUGGAGCUGCUAAUCAUCACCUCACUGCAUAUUCUCUUGCUGGCUAUGGUUUAAAUGAUGCAUUUGACAAGUCAGUUGUCCAUAUUUUAAGAGGGCUUCCAAAUGCAGAUUUAGCAAGUGAAAACAUAGAAAUUAAGCAUCCUUGCCUACAAUCUGGCUAUAAGGAGCAAUACAUCUGUUCUCAGUGUGCUUCUAGUCAACAAAAUAGUCCAACUGCUGUUGUUGUAGGAAGAAAUUCAGUUAAGGGAGUCAAGUCAGGAGUUCCUGUGCAGCUUAUUGGUGCUCCAAAUUGGGAAGAAUGUAGUGCACUGGCCAAAGUUGCCAUCAAUUUGUCUGAAUGGUCUAAUCAAACUGCCGCAGUUGAUUGUGAUUUGCAACCUUGUGCUCUUCCUGACAUUUUUCCACGCCCUUAUGGUCGGUUCUAUGGAAUGUCUGGCUUUUUUGUGGUUUAUCGGUUUUUUAACCUGACUUCAGAAGCUACACUUGAUGAUGUUUUGGAGAAGGGUCAAGAAUUCUGUGAAAAGACCUGGGAAGUUGCAAGGAAAAGUGUUUCUCCACAGCCUUUUAUUGAACAAUAUUGCUUCAGGGCACCAUACAUAGUGUUUUUGUUGAGAGAGGGUUUACAUAUCACAGAUAACCAAAUCAUUAUUGGUUCUGGAAGUAUUACUUGGACUCUUGGGGUUGCUUUAUUUGAAGCUGGGAAAGCAUUUUCACCGAGACUGCGACUUCCUAGUUAUCAAAUACUCCAAGUGAGGAUACAUCCAAUAGUUCUUAUUGUCAUUCUGAUCAUUUCCUUGAUUUUGCUGUUUUGUGCAAUAUCAUGUCUUGCAAAUUGGACGCCUAGAAUUUUUCGAAGACCAUAUCUUAUGCUUUUCAAGCAUAACAGUGGAUCUGCUACAUCCGUUCUUAGUAUCCCUUCACCAUUCCGGUUCCAGCGAUGGAGUCCUAUUAGUUCUGGGGAUGGAAGAGCAAAGAUGCCACUUAGUCCAACAAUUGCUGGUAGCCAACAACGAUCUUUUGGCUUGGGGCAUGGUCUAGGCGGUAGCGGCAUCCAGCUUAUAGAGUCAUCCUUUUACCCAUCAACCAGUGGUGUAUCACAUAGUUAUUCUUCAAGUAGCUUAGGACAGAUGAUUGACAGUAAUAGCAUGGGUUCAUUGUGGUCUCCUCACAGAAGUCAGACGAGUCUUCAAAGCAGGAGAUCACAAUCUCGAGAGGACCUUAGUUCUUCUUUGGCUGAGGCACACAUGGUGAAGGGUUAAGGAAUAAACUUCCUGAAGUUAUGGUAUGCUAACUUCUUUCUUUCCUACAUUUAUUUUUCCAGGGAAAAGGAUUUAAACAUCUUACUGGUAGGGAAAAGAGAGAGAGAGAAGAGAGAUUUUUUUUUUUUGUGGGGGUGGGUGGGUGGGGGUGUGUCUGGCUGGCUGAAUUUGAAAAUAUUUUAGCAAUGGAUUUAUUCAACAAAAGAUUGCAGACAUUCUUUCUAACACACGUUGAGAAUAUAGUGCCCUUGCCUGAAAUUUUUCUCAUGACAGUGUCUUUGGGAAACUAAACUUUUGCAUAUGCACAAAAAAUAAAAUAAAAUAAAAUAAAAACUAUUCUGGUAACAGCAACUGAGAAAAAUUUUCCAAAGAUGGAAUUCAUGUAAGGGCAAAUUUAUCAUCACUUAACCUGUGUCAGCAUGCUGAUCUGUGUGAUUGAUGGUAGACAAGGAAAUUUAUGCAUGUCCAGUUUCUAUUUGUGUUCCCUUCAACUGAAAUAUCGUUAAAGAAAUCAAAAUGCACGUUAUCUUUUGAUUGAUCUUACUGUGUUCCCAGUACAUAUAUAUGAUAGAUAUUCCCAGUAUUACAGGUUAAUAAUAUUGUGGGGCUGUUCUCAUCAUUGGUUUCAACAGAGUUCACUCAGCAGAGCUUUCAGCACUUGUUAAGUGGGUUGCUUUGCCAAUUUUCCCCAAUUUAACCAAGCCUGAUUUCUAAAGAUCCCAAGCCAUGGUUCCUACCUCCACUGGUUGGAAAAAAAUUCAUUCCUGCCAUUAUCAGACAAUAAUUUGAUGCACUUGCACCGCGAGGUAUUAUUCACAGUUGAUCUGGGUGGCUGGAUGACCAUUUUUACGCAAAGGUGGAAGCUUAGAUGCACCAUUCACGACUCUUCAUUACAUACCAGUUUGACUCGAAUUAGCCAUAGCUUCGUAGAAAUUUCUUCUUUUGUUUGUCUCACUUUGUUGUGCUGCAAAUGAUAUGGGUUUCAUGGAGGAUUAUGGUACGAUAUACCCAUUGUUGUCUUACUUAUACAUGCCAUAGUUAUAAAUGAAAGUACAUUGCAAGGCCA